GCAGGAAGUCAUCAGGUAGCACCUCCUCCUGUUCUCUCAUCCAUGCUGUCUCAUACUCCCAGAUCGCUCAGGUCCUCUCCAGGCAGCAGGUCAGAACCAGAAGUUGCAGUGUGACACCGCUGAGAAGAAUGGGAGCCUCGUACGGGAAGAAGGUCAGUUCACAGGUGUCUGAGGUUGCUGAUGUCCAGCAAAUGUCACUCUCCUGAAUUCCAUUUAAUCCAGCAAACACAGCUGUGCGAGAAGAAAUUUGUGAGAUUUCAGGAUUUCAGGACAAUAUCUUCUUUCCACACGCACCAGAGGGCGCCGGUGAGACAAGAGAAGCGCACUCGUGAUUCAGUCAUCAUUGUUCCCCAGGAGAGUGAAGGUGUUUCAAGAAAGACCUGUCCAGAGCCGGUUCCUGACCCUUGCCCAGUCCACCAGGAGGCUGCUGAAGACCUCAUCAAACCCAGAAGACUCCAAAAUCCGAUCAAGAACUCCAGAACUCACCAGCAAGUCCACCGAGAGCUCAUAUGGACUCGCCAACGGGGAGAUAAACCAGAGCUCCAAAAAGUUCUAGAAUCCAGAAGAAGAGACCAGAUGAUCCGUCAAAGAAAACAAGAAGAGGAAGCGCAAAGAAAAAUUACUCCCCUCGAGACACAGCUGAAGAAGAGAAGGCAGAGACUGGAGGAGGUACAAUCACAGGAAGGGAAGCUUCAGCAGGAGGCGCUAACAGCUCCAGAGUUUCUGAAGGUCAGAGAAAACCUGCGACGGAUACCUGUGCACAGGAAGGACGUUGAUUCCUAAAGAAGGGUUUGAAUGACUCAACUAAACUCAUCAUGGAUGUGAACAACAAUGUCAGUUUGGAUAUAUGACCAGACAUGGAGAACUGCAUCAGACUCGUGUAUGUCCAUGACCAGGAGGACUCAUUUAAGUGACUGUGAUCCUCAGUCAUUUGAGAGAGUGGACACAAGCAGGUCCAAAGAGAAGAGAAAUAAAAGUGUGAGCUCCUGACUGGUUUCCCCCCAUGUCCACCUCCUGCUGCUGCUGUUCCAGGUCAUCGGCAUUGUGUCUAAGGAGGUGAGUCUAGAGCAGGAGGGGGAGUCAGACUCUCUGGUUUCCAGUGCUCCAAUACCAUUCCCCAGUUUCUCCACAGGUCAUGACUGUCAAGCUCAGCACACCUCUGGUCACCAGUGGAGACUUAACUGGGUCCAUUAGUCUACAGUGUGCAGGUAUUCUGUUCACAAGCUUGGGUAUGUGGCCUGCCCACCUCAGGUGUUCAGUUCUAUGAGAAAUCCUCUGCCACUGAGCCUUGGGCCAGGAUGAAAACAGGCCUGGAGGAGGACUGAGCAGACCACAUCAUGUUCCUUUGCCUCAUUGUCGUGGACCACGGUCGGUGGAAGAUCCAUAGAUUUUUCAUGGAAGUGAAAUAAGUUCAGACGCAGAGCAGUCCAAAAUCCAAAUUUAAUACACCACUGAUCAGCCAGAACCCUCCAGGUGGGAACUGGACCUCUCCGCCCCCUCAGUCCGGUCAGGGUGCUCCACGCUUGAGUCCACUUGGCUUGGCCCGGACAUCUGCAUGAAGAGCUCCUGCAGUUCUGUGAUGUCACUCUCUUGGUGCGGCAGGUGUGGAGAAGGGUGCUGGUCCCGCUCCUGGAUGAAGUCCCACAGGCUGACCCGGUUCAUGAACUGAAAAACAGAGUCCGGUUAAGGCCUGGAGGACACAGGUGUACAUCGGUCAGAACUCACCCGUACACUCCCCUCUGAGCUCAGCUGCUUCCUGGGUUUGUCCGGUUCUGCCAGGGACCCAUCUGGAAAUGCAUGCCGGUACAGACAUUUGGCUCCAAAAGGACACGCACCCCGACCCUGAUCAAAGAACCGGCAGGCCUUUUUACUGUGGAGACAGAAUCAGAAGUGAAGAAGACCUAAUGCUGGUCAAUGUUCUCCUUCUCCCUGACCCAUGCCACCCUCACUGGAACUAGUCAGAGCUCCUACUGGACCCCCUUUGCCAUCUUCGUGCAGAACUCUGGGCAGAAUACAAUUUCCCAGAGUGCGACUUUGGUUCUAGUACUGGAACACAUAUGAAUUUGACUAGUUUUUAAUAAAAUUAUC